AUGAAAAGGCCAUUCAUUUUCUCUUCUCAAAUCUUAGCAUCCUUUGUGGUUGCUGAACAAUUUAGAGCAUUUUUAUCAACCGAUGAAAUUGGCAGUGAUUCUAUUCAGCGCGGCACCGAUGACAAUCCAUUGGUAAUCCGCAUUGACAAACAAUCCUAUUCGCCAGAAUUAAUUGACACUCUCACUAAGUCGACGAAUAUAAUUUUUGCUGACUUACCAGAUGUACCUGAAUUUAUCAAAGCUGAUAAAAUAAGCGACGUCGACUACCAAGUAGUUCAAAACACUUGGAAACAUAAGGAUAAAAAAAAUGAUGAGGAGGAAAAGCAGGAUGAUAACGACAAGAAGGAAGAUAAAAACAAGCAAGAGAACAAUGAUAAAAAUGAGGAAACAAAAUCCAAAACCAAACCCAAUUCCAAGACAGUAGAAGAUCAUAAGACGACACUUUCUACAAAGACAACUACUCAUUCAACCAUUAUUUACACUUCUUCCAAACCUGAAAAGACCAAAGAGAGUGAGGAAAACAGUAAAGAUUCUCGUUCUGGGGACAAGGGUAAACCUUAUGAUGACUCAGAAGAUAAUGGGGAUAGCGAUGACGAAUUAUGUGACGAUGAAGAAGAAAAAGAAAGUAAGAACAGUAACAAAUUACCUUCAAAUCACACUGAACCGCACUUGGGCGAUAACGAAGAUGAAUUCUUUGACAACAUUGGUAACCACUUAAACAACAGGGGCCACUACCAAUGGCUACUGUAUGCCAUACUAUUUGCUUUACCGUUUCCAAAUAUUUUGUGA